CUCUCGCAAGAGCUACAAACAAAAUAUAAUAAUAGUAUUUUUUUUUCUUCUCUUCCUGCUUAGGACUUUAAUUAAUUAUAUAAUAUGUAUAUAGUCUAAAGUUGGAAGCUUUGUAUUCUUGUGUAUGAUGGUUGUGUUGUGUGAGUUCUCAAGGGAAGCAAAGUCCUCUCUUUCACACCUUUCAGUCUCAAAACCGUGGGAAGAAGAAUCUAGGGUUUAACAGCACCACCCCGAGUCCAUCAAGGUCUGUGCUUUGAUGCUUUUUUCUUCUUCUUUUUCACUGGGAAAUUCGGUCGUUUUUUUUUCUGAAGGAGGUUUUGCUGCAACUUGUGAGGCACCCUCAGUUUGUUCUGAUUCCAAGGUUGUUCCUUGUUGCCAAAAAACAUGCCUUUUUUUCUUCAUGAUUUAAAAUUUUGAGACUUUAACCUGAAAUCCUGUUUUUAUGGCUCCUUGUCUGGUGAAAAAAUGGGAUUUUUUUCAUCUGGGUCGUUUUAUCUGCCACAUAAGGCUGAAUGUCUCGUAUGUUUGUGGAUAAGUGGGGUGGUUUUUUAGUAUUCUGGUGUUCCUUGGUUUGGUUUCUUUUUUCUUCCCUUUUUUUUAUAAAUUUUUUAGAGGCUAACAUGGAGGAGGUUGAGCAAGCUAAUAGAGUAGCUGUUGAAAGCUGCCAUAGGGUUCUGAGUUUGUUGUCUCAACCAAGGGAUCAGGUUCAGCAUAGGAAUUUAAUGGUGGAAACCGGUGAAACUGUGGUGAGGUUCAAGAAGGUUGUUUCCAUGCUUCACAAUGGUUUGGGUCAUGCAAGAGUGAGGAAACUUAAAAACCCUCAAAUCCCCUCUUCCCACCAAAGCAUCUUCUUAGACAACCCCAAUUGCAAAACCUUAACCAACAACAACAACAACAACCAUCACUCAAAAAAAAAUCUAUACUUUCCCCAAACCAGCUACCCUGACAAUUCAGUUCAGGAACAUGGUUCAACCAUUAAGAAUUCUCUCUCUCUUGGACAACCCUCUUUGGAAUUGAGCUCCAAUGGGAAAAGUCCUCUUCACCUCACACAGCAGGGUUCAUCAAAUCACUAUCACUUCUUUCAGCAGCAGCAACAGCAAAGGUUGUUGCAGCAGCAGCAGCAACAACAACAAAUCAAGCAUCAAGCUGAAAUGUUGUUCCGAAGGAACAAUAGUGGCAUAAACCUGAAUUUUGACAGCACUAGCUGCACACCAACAAUGUCAUCCACUAAGUCUUUUAUUUCUUCCUUGAGCAUAGAUGGAAGUGUGGCUAACUUGGAUGGAAGUGCCUUCCAUUUAAUAGGAGCUCCACACUCUUCUGAUCAGAAUUCGCAACAGCCUAAGAGAAAAUGUUCUGCCAGAGGCGAUGAGGGAAGCUUGAAAUGUGGGAGCAGUGCUAGAUGUCAUUGCUCUAAGAAGAGGAAACAUAGAGUGAAGAGGGCAAUUAAGGUGCCUGCUAUCAGCAACAAACUUGCAGAUAUCCCUCCUGAUGAUUAUUCGUGGAGGAAGUAUGGACAGAAGCCAAUCAAGGGCUCUCCUCACCCUAGGGGAUAUUACAAGUGCAGCAGCAUGAGAGGGUGUCCUGCAAGGAAGCAUGUUGAGAGGUGCUUGGAAGAGCCUACCAUGCUAAUUGUCACCUAUGAAGGUGAACAUAACCACCCCAAGUUACCAACACAAUCUGCAAAUGCAUGAAACUAUGUGGAGAGCUUAACCAGAUCAAGCCAAUCAUUCAAUUCGUCAAAUCCUCUAUGUGAUUGGCUUGAGAUGCUGCUGUACAUAUUUUUAGUGAUGCAAACAAGCAGGGAUGGAUAAUAUUGUUGGCGCAGAUUUUGUCUUUUGGAUAGUUUGGCUAUCCAGCCGUUUUAUUUAGAGGGUGAGGAUGAGGAUCACUGAUUAAAUGAACAAAGUCUGUAAAAUUAGCUAGUUUCAAUUCCUAAGAACUAUUUAAUCUUUCUUAAGCCUGUUAUAAACAUCUCAAGGUUUUCUAAAUGAAUGAAAAUGCCUUUGAAAAAUGGUAA